AUUUCUGUGCGCGUCGUGACGCAACCCUUCUGACGUCAGCCCCCACCAGUCAGUCAGACUUCAGACGGCAAGAAGCUAAACGCGUCUUUCUCGUCAUGGCGCUGAACAAAAACCACUCUCAGAACGGAGGAGUCAUCGUAAACAACGGAGAAAGUAUUUUGCGUGAGUGCAAGAAUGUGGAACUCACCUUCAGCGACUUUGGCGCCAAGUGCGACCUGCUUAAAGGAACAAAGAAAGGAACGAUUUACCUGACGCCCUACAGGCUGGUGUUUGUGUCCAAAGACAAGGAUCGUUUGGGCUCGGCCAUGUUCCCCUACUACCUGAUGAAGGGUUGCAGCAUCGAGCAGCCGGUGUUUGCUGCCAAUUAUAUCAAAGGCACGGUGACGGCUGAACAUGGAGGUGGCUGGGAGGGCCAUGCUCAUUUCAAGCUGUCGUUCAUGAGCGGAGGAGCCAUCGAGGUUGGACAGCAUCUUUUCAAACUGGCCACAAAUGCUUCUCGCUCUCCGGCCCCGAAUGGCGCUCCUUCAUAUGGAUAUCCCGCUCCAGGAAUGAUGAACGGCUACGGCCCGCCUCCCCCUGGCUACCCUUACGGACCCUACCCUCCUCAGCAGAACGGAUUCUACCCACCUCCCCCGGCAGCGGGCAACAUGGGCUACCCUUACCCCACCACUGCUGCAGCUUACCCUCCUGCCUUCGACUACAUGGCCCCUCCCCCCCCAUACCCAGGGCCGCCUCAAAACUGGGCUUCACCCCCUCAGAACUGGACAGCAGCUGCAGCAGCGCCCCCUGCAGGUAACGCCAAAGCAGCCGAGGCGGCGAGCAGCGCCUACUACGACCCCAGCAACCCGCACAACGUCUACAUGCCCAUGGAGCGGCCCCCUCCUUAUGCCCCGCACCCCGACACCCCGGACAAGAAGACCAACUGAGGUGGAAACUCCUCCAGCCAGAAGAAGACGGUAUUGAUCCCCCGAGGGAUUGAAGUGAUAUAUUUUCCAUAUUAAUCAUGUGUUAACCUCUUCGGAGGAGAGGACCACAAACUCUGUGGCUUCUUCCCCUGCUGUUGUGUUAGUUUAAAGAGGAUCAGAAUGUAUUUUUAACACAGAUGAGCUUUUCUAGUUGGAGACACUCCUGGACUCUUGCUGUAGUUUAUAUAAAAAGAGACCAACUCAACAUCAGAUCAACAUUUCCAACCAUCUCCACUGCCGUGUGCGUGCGUGCGUGCGUGUGUGCAAUAGUCAGUUGUGGGCCACUGACCUGGGCGACUGACUUCUAUUGUAUUGAUGUAUGCAAACCCGGGUGAAACCAGAACUGAGCUCGAGGUGAAACUGGACCCGUGUUGCUCUGCUCCCCUGAAAUCUCCUUGCUGGUUCUUCCCAGUUCCUGGUUGCUAGGAGUCCUUUGCACAUGUGUGAGGGUGAAGUGAACUUCUCUGGAUUCUGCAUUCAUGAGCGUUUCCUCUCUUUAUGCUGAAUUUGUCAAUUAAAAAUUCUAACUGUU